AGAAUCUCUUCACAUGUGUGAAUACUGAACAGGCGAAGCCCUUGAGCUUUCUUCUUGUCAGGAACCUGCAAGAUCUCGUGAUGCAGGUCCUCUGCCUGCCUGGUCAGGUUUACCAUGUUUACUCCACGGAUGAUGAAGAUCAAGAGUGAUAGCUGAAACGCAUUGAAUAAAAAUCGGAACCCGACCUUGCCCCAUGUCAUUUUCGAAAAUUCGAACCAAGAGUGCCUUCAAAGAACUGUGAGAACGAUACGAGUGCAGGUGACAUUUACUCUAAUCAUGGCUUUUCUCUCCUCCGUGGUUGUCUCGGUCUUGGAAAGUGGGAAUGGUAAAAUGAGAAAAGAGAUUCUUGUGAAGCAGUUGCUGAAGAAUGGCGGACGGCAUGUGGAGGCCUCGUCUUUGUCUGAGAAUGGAGAGGUUGUGAACAUACUGGUUGGUGAAGGUGUGACGUAUGAUCGCGCAAGCAGGGCCAUCAAGUCUGCUGGUGGUUGUCUGAGUGAAACACACGUACUACUAAGAGCUGACUGGCUAAGUUGUUGUUUGAAAGCCUGCAACUUAGUGGAUCAGUCACCGUAUCUAAUAACUGCCCCAUCCAAAUCUGAUGUUCCGUGCUCAGCACAUAGCACUGUUGUUGCUGAUACUGGCACAGCAAAAAAUAAUAAUACUAGCAACACUGCUGUAGCGGCAGUGAAAUCAGAGGGUGAAGCAACACCUUGCGUGGAAACCGACGAUGACAGCCGCUCAUCUCGAACCGGUGUAGCUGCGGCAGUGGCAGAUUCCACUGCGGCAAUGGCAGCUGACAUGCCGCUGCCGAUAACAGCCACUGUGGUGGGUAGUGGAUAUGCUGGUCGCAAGCGUAAGUCAGAGCACACCGUGUGGCUGAAUGCAGACAGCAGCUUAUCAGACAUUGAAGGGCACGAUGACGGCGCUGACAGUGACGACAAUUUAUCGCAAAUGGCACUGGUGCACCAUAAUGCCAAAAUUGGACAACAAAAAAAGACGGCAACGUACAUGUGCGAGAAAGCAUCCACGGAGAGUGUGAACCACAACAAGCACAUCACGGACAAGCUCCAGGAGCUGAUGAAGAUACACGAGAUCAACCGCGAUCAGUUCCGCGUGCUCGGCUACCGCAAGGCCAUCACUGCCCUGCGUAGCCAUCCGAGGCCCGUCGAGACCAGAGAGGAGGUGCAGGCUAUCCGUGGUGUUGGCAAGAGAAUAGCUGACAAAGUCGUCGAGAUCAUUGAAAGUGGUAACCUGAGGCGUCUCGAUCAUGUUGACCCCAAGAUGGAGGUGGUGCAGGUGUUCAUGGGCAUCUGGGGAGCUGGGCCGGAGACUGCCAAGAAGUGGUAUGCUGAGGGCUUUCGCACACUCGACGACAUACGUCAGAAAGCUACACUCAACCGUCAACAGGUGGUCGGGCUGAGGUUGUAUGACGACCUGAAUAAGCGCAUGCCCCGGAGUGAAGUCGCUGAGAUUGAAGCCAUGGUCUCGACUGCAGCACUUGCGAUAAUUCCUGGCUUGGAGCUGAUGACGUGUGGCUCGUAUCGCCGCGGCAAGUCUACUUGUGGCGACGUUGAUAUCCUCAUUACACACCCGGAUGGCCGCUCACAUCACAACAUCUUCAAGCCUCUUCUGGAAAAGCUCCAUGAAACAGAUUUUCUAACAGAUGAUCUGGUCUCGGCCGAAUUCAACGGAGAUCAGCAGAAGUACUUUGGAGUGUGUCGACUUGGCCCAGACCGCCUGCAUCGUCGCCUGGAUAUAAUCACUGUACCGUACAAAGAGCUGCCUUGCGCGCUACUCUACUUCACAGGAUCUGGCCUGUUCAACCGAUCAAUGCGAUGCAAGGCGAGACACAUGGGAAUGUCACUCUCGGAGCAUGCUCUGCGUACUGGUGUUGUUCGCAGGGGGAAUGACAAGGUGUCGGAAGGUGUGCCACUGCCCGUGUCCUGUGAGAAGGACGUCUUCGAUCUACUCGGUAUGGAUUAUCUUGAGCCACACGAGCGUGAGCGAUAAUGGAGCACAUUUACAAUGGUUUCAUUGGAGACGAAAAGCUAUAGCACUCAUUAGUAGCAGCUCUUCAACAAUGGUCACGUGGCAUGUCAUGGAAGCAGUCACCUUUCUGCUUGCACCUCACCUGAUUUGAUCAACAAAAUGCGAUGCUGGUUUAUAGUGCACACAACACACAGUAUUAAUGGAUGUGACAAUGGACACCAUAUAAACUAACAAAUAGCUUGUGAACAUAUAGCAACGGAAAAGAAGCGGAUGGCGCAGUCAAAUGUGAAGGCUCCAAAAAAAGUUUUAAUUCUUGCAGACUUUCCUUACUUUCCAUGUAGUUAUAACUGUUAGAAUGUUUUACUGAUAUCUAGCCCAGAAAUUUUACUUAUACCCACAGCUAGCAGCUCUCUCUCUCUCUCUUUCUCUCUCUCUCUCUCUCUCUCUCUCUCUCUCUCUCUCUCUCUCUCUCUCUCUCUCUCUCUCUCUCUCACACACACACACACACACACACACACACACACACACACACACACACACACACACACACAUUUUACGAAAUUUGAAGAUGUUCAGAGACACAUGUUACAUCUCCCAUUUCAAUUCAAAUUGAUUUUACCAUUUUUAGGACAUGGAUUUUUGAAGUUAUUGCUAUGAUGUACCCACGCUACGCCGUUGGGUUUGAUAACAUCAUUAUAAACGAAAUGUUGUAGGGCUUGCUGAUUUUGCUGAGCUGUGCCCACGCUGUUGGGUCUGGCAUGUUGGGUUCCAUGGUAAGUGGGUACUGUUCCGACGUUUUCUGGUGCUUAUUGUACUCAGAUGUGUACAGCUUGAGCUUCGCUGAUUUUUGACGCAGACUGAUUUCGACUAAAUAUGACUUACGUUAACGCUUCUAGAAAAGAAAUAGGACCAAGCAACUACAAGUUCCGCUAUAGUGUCCACUAACACCACCAGUUACUAAACAAUCAGCUUCUAUGUGUUGCUGAUUCCUCUUUACUGUGCAUGUAUCCAUGAUCUGCGUAUCUGGAACUGCCCUUUUCCCCAUUAGGUGUUGUGAAAUGCCAUGUGAAUUUCUACCUGGAUAAAUGCCAAACAGGUGUACACCGAGGCUUCUUGGAGU